AGCCCCAUGCACCCAGUAAUCACUCAGAUGGACCUAAUCCACUUUUGAUGAACUUGGUUAAUAGACUUCCUGCUGACAUUAUCAAAGGGUUCCAACUCUAUUCAUUACGUGCACACGACCCUCGCCACGCCCAUACCAUCCUCACAAGCUCUGGCGUGUCGUCAAUAAAUGCUCCCCUCACACCCAAAACUUUAAGGGACGGGUCUAGAAGUUCAGUUACACGUCUGCACCGUUGAAUCUAUAUUCAGGACAAUGCCACGCCGCAAAAGUCUCUUUGUGCCAUUUAUCUCCAGAGACGCAGACACUGGUGCGGAUUUGAAAGUGCAAGCGCAUCGUAUAGACGGUCCACAUGGAGCUCUUGUGCAGACCAGUUGGAUAGAAGAGAGGGCAGAGCGCAGGGGCAAGUGUGACCCGUGCGCUAUUGUGGAGCUCAGAUUGCCAAGGCUCAGAUACAUUGAGCAGGACCGGAGCACCAUCGAUAGAGCGCAAAGGCGUCGGCGUAUGGCUGCAAACUCCCGCGAGAGGAGGAGGAUGCUCGGGCUCAAUGUCGCAUUCGACCGCCUCAGGAGCGUCAUCCCCAACCUGGAGAGCGACAAGAAGCUGUCCAAGUCAGAGACUCUUCAGAUGGCGCAGAUCUACAUCUCGACGCUCAGCGAGUUGUUGCAGGACAGGCCCUGCGGCACGGAAUUCAGCACCACUGAACUUGAGAGCACCGAGCAAGUGCGCACGGCCCCAACUGGCAUGCCAACAGUGAACGAUACAGCAGAAGACUCAACUGUUGAGCUACCUGGGCCAGGAACAUUCGAUACCGCAUGUAGAGACAGUGGAAACUUGAUGCGUGCGCCCUGCGAAGACCAGAAGACAGAGCUUAGAGGGUUUAUGAACCUGUGGGAGAGAACUAGUGGCACAAAAUAACUGGUUUUAUUUGUUUGUGCUUCGUAAUUGUUAAUUUUUUUUCUCCAUAAAAAAAACAUGUUGAUUCGUGUUUGAUACCUUAUGUAGAUUAUCUGGCUCAAGUAAAAACACAUUUUAACAAUUUGGCAUCUGACUUUUUCUCCCCCUCACAGUUCAGUCUACUUUUGCAUGUCUGAAAGUUAUAGGGGCAGUUUAUGCUGCAUAAAAGAGCAAUAGAUUAUUCCAAAACAUGACAAAAGUAUCAGACACAGAUGUACUGAAAGUAGCAAUUUUUAUUCAAGUUAAAAUUAUAUACAAGUAACCAAAGACAUUCUUGAAAUUGGUACAAAGAGCAUGUUCCUGCAUUUGGCUUUUUACACCUUUUUAAAUCUGUCUUUCAAAUAACACAACUGAAAAUGCUGUAUAAAAUAAAUUGGAUUGGAUUCAGAAAAGUAGUCUACCAUUUCUAAAUUUCCAAUAUUUACAAAAGUAUUUACAUUGUUCCAUCCAUUUCCAGAUUUGUGAAUAAAGCUCUUGUAAACUU